AUGAUGAUCACAACUCAAUCAUCAUCAAACAAUCGAUAUUAUAGUACAUCAACAAACCCAACACCAUCACCAUCAUCAUCAUCAUCAACAUCAGAAUCAACAUCAAGUAAUGACAAGAAGCCAAUACCAACUAGAGAUAUGGAUCAACAACAACUUAGAACGGAACUGUUUAAUCAAUUUGAAGAGACAGUGUUGACAACACUCAAUCAACAACAUCUUGAUGAGAUACCAAUGAUUGCAGCAAAGCCACAACCAUGGGACGAUCGUGUAUACUUGGGCUUCAUAUCAUCAUCACCAUUCCUCUCAUUCAUCUACCCAGAGACAUUGAUCACACAGCUCUCGCGACCCCUGGUCACAAUGCAGAAUUGGUACAACUACUUGCGCGCCAAGCGAUCGCCCUGGAAGGAGCUGUUUGAGGACAGCCAGCAAGGCGACAUCGUCGCCGCCACCAGCAAACAGCUGCUGACAUUCAUCGAGCUACUGUCCAACUAUCAAGGAGCUAAGGACAACGAGGCAAUCAAGUCAAUGGUCACUGAUUAUUACUACGAGAAGACUGUUGGACCGCUACUUGGACACAUGGACGAGUUCCUGCGGCUGGAGCAUCCACCUCACUUCAAGUUCAAGGUGGAGGAGAUCACACAAGCUACCAAGACAAAGUUACAAGUGUUGAGAGGCAGGAUGUUUGUCUCAGUACAUUAUCACAUCAAAGGCAAGUAUGGAGUGAAUGACUAUGUGUUUGAACAAUCAAAGAGACAGAUCACUGGUGCAAUAUGGUCUGCACCAGUACCAACAAAGGAACAACCAAUGGUUCAAUGGCAGUUGGCAUUUAUGUGUCCAUCAGCAUCUGCUUUAUACGCUGUGGAAACAGUCAUCCCUCCAUUGCACUACAUUGGCGUCGAUGCCAAACUAAAUGAGGCUGCAGUCAUCAACAAUCAAUUGAAAGCGAACACGAACGUGGACAGUCAAUCCAAUACAACAACGACAACAUCAAGCAGUUGA